CAAAAAUAGGGCUCGUGAACAAGAGACGGAGACGAGCAAUCAGAUGUAAUAGCUGGGAUUUUUUUCAUCAGUGAAUAUUUAUGCUGUUGGUUUGAAACAGUCCAAAGGUUAGUUGGACGUGUGGGCUGUGGAUGAGCUGAAUAUGAAACGGGCCGCGGCGAAGCUGGGCUCCGCCGGCGCGUGGAGGGGCCCGGGCUCCGCCUCGGCCCUGGAAGAGUUAACGUGGCUCUGAGCUAAUGGACCAUGACCCCUUUGUGUCAGAGCAAGGCUGUGGAUCUGCGAGCGCAGGAAACAGAAUCGGUUGUGGUUGAACAAACAACAUUGAAUUGGGUGAAGCACAAACGCGCUGUGUGAUAACGGCGCGUCUGCCGUUGGUGCCGCAGCGCCGCUCAGUCUGAAACCAAACGAACAUUUGCAUGGCUCCGUUCAUGCAAAGGGAGCACGAGUUAGACGGGGGCUCGAAGCAGAAAAGCUGCGUUCGGUUGCACCGUCGGUCUUCAGCGCCAGCGUCUGGAUCGCAGCUUUUGCCUCCUGAACUUCUGGGCGCCGGUGAACUUUGCUGAGCUCUUGUCGCCAUGUCGGCGCGCGGCGGCGGAGGGAGCGCGUGCCCUAGAGCCGUCCUCCAGCACUGCAUCACUCUGUCUGCGGGGGGGAGCGGGGAGAGGAGGAAGGGGAGCGCUCCUGCACAGGAAGCCACGCCAUCUUGCACGGAGUCAAGGCUUCUAGAGGUCCCACAGAUUUUUACUCCAAAUUGUCCUGGGAACAGCAUUUGGACUUAUGGGCAGGUCCUGCCACCCUCCUUCCCCCAUGUCUGGUCUAUAGUCGGCCGGAAGCAACUCGUAUUCUCACUCUCAGCCCACUCGAAGCCAUUUGACCAGCCCUCCCCACCCUCCAGUCACACCAUGGCCAGCAAGAGGAAGUCCACGACUCCCUGCAUGAUACCGAGCAAGAUCAUACGGCCCCAAGAGGAGGUGGAACAGGACUCGCUGCUUCUCCAUCCAGCCAGGAAUUCUGGGGGCGUUAUUCACGGCCCCCUGGAUCCCGGAGAGUCUUCCAAACCAGAGGCAGCGGACAAGGAUGGUGUCGGCACGUACACCUGUAAGCCUUGUAACUUUGAAACCCAUGACCUUAACUUAUUCCUGGAUCACGUGUACAGCGGGCACCCGGACUUCCGCGCAGAUCCCAGUUUCUUUUGCAUGAACUGUGGGGUUUCGGCACCCAAGUUUGAAGGGCUGGCUCUGCACAACGCCCGGGUUCACCCCAGCACGUUGAACACCAUUUUGCAUCUGAGGAAGCGGGACAGGAGAGUGGUGGUGGAGCAGAACCUGGUGCCGGGGGCGGAGUUUGGGAAGGACAAUGAGAUUUCCAUCACCAAAACCCCAAUCAUGAGGAUGCUGAAGGGCAAGUCAGAACCCAAGCGGAUAGUUGUGUCUCACUCGGCCUCUGACGAGGCUUUAUCGGAUCCUCAUUCUCUCGCUGAGAGAAAGGAGACUCCUGCAGUGACAGUCACUCAUGUUCCCACAAUAGUCCACAAUGGCGCCACCAAGGUCACGCUGCCCUCAGCGAUCCAGAUAGUCAACGGCUCUGGUUCAUUACCGAUGCUUAAGACCCCCAUCUCACAGGUGGUGUCUGUGGUUCAAAGCAGAAGCCUUCAGCAAAAUGCAUCCAUCACAGCUUCUGCAAAUGUUUCCUCUCCUUCCUCGCCCUCCUCCAAAAAUCUCCCCAAGGUGAUGAUUCCACUAAGCAGUAUCCCGACCUACAGUGCCUCCAUGGACUCCUCUUCCUUCCUGAAAACUUCCUUUAGCAAGUUCCCAUACCCCACAAAGGCUGAGCUCUGCUACCUGACUGUGGUCACAAAGUUCCCCGAGGAGCAGAUCAAGAUCUGGUUCACAGCCCAGAGACUUAAACAAGGCAUCAGCUGGUCUCCUGAGGAGAUUGAAGAGGCCAGACGCAAGAUGUUCAACACCAUCAUCCAGACAGCACCCUCUAGCUCCCAGACGCAGAGCCACCACACUCCAGCCCAGCACACGAUCACGGUCCUGCCCGCUUCACUGGGAGCCACAGGGAUCCCUCACAUCCUGCAGGGAUCGCUUGUGAGCCAAGGAGGGGUGAUUGUCACGCAGCCUGUCAUGACCAACGGUAUCCAGGUGAGCAGUGCUCCUAUGGCCUUGGCCGUCACACCCAAACCCCAAGCAGCAGCUCGCCCCAUGAUGCAGGCCCGGCCCGCUGCGGCCCUAGUGGCCGAUAAAGGCGUGGGCAUGGUGGUGGGGACGGUGGGCAGCAGCAGCACUGGGAGCACCGUCAUCAGCAGCAGUAAAAGCAGCAGGAGCGGGGGAGCGGGCACUGGCAGCAUUAGUAAUAGCACUCAGGCCAGUGUCAUCAACCUUAGUCUUGGAAGCAGCGGCAAGGUGAUCAGCGUCAAUGGUAGUAAGCACAGCAGUACGGAUUCAGACUGCAAUGACAAGAGUAAAGUGAAUGUUCCCAGCAGUGUUAAUGCUAAGAAGGCCGAUGUCGGUAAAGUCAGCAGCACCAGCAUUGUGCAGAGUGACGGCAAACCCACCGAGAGCAACGGCAAAGCGGGCAGCGACGAAGACAAGUGCAUGGAUGCUAACGAUAGCAGCAGAGACCUCGCCGCUAACGUGGACGACGCGGACCGCAGCGCCAGCGACUCGCCGCCCAUCCUCAUGGAGGAGGCGUCCUCCCCGGCCUCCAAGUCGUCUUCGCCCUCGCCCGCAGCCGCCCUGGGCCACCGGAUGCCGGUCAACGCCUUCCUGGACCCCAGCUUCUUCAAGGGGAAGAAGUCCCAGGAGCAGCUCAGCACGCUGAAGGACAGUUUUGUGGCCAACCAGUUUCCGGACCAGGAGGAGGUGGAUCGGCUCAUCGGCCUGACCGGGCUCACGGUGCGAGAAGUCCGCAAGUGGUUCAGCGACCGGCGCUACCACUUUCGCAACCUCAAGAGUUCACGCACCAGCACAGGCUCCCAGAGUCGGUCCAGCUGUGCAGCCGGAGGCGGAAGCAGGUCGUCCACGCCGGGCAGCGGCACCGCCAGCAGCAGCAGCAGCGUCAACUCCGUGGAGAUGUCAGACAGCGUCAAUAACUCGGGUGCGAAGACGCCGCAGCACAACUCUGAACCCCUGAGCCCACCUGCGGCGCAGACGCCCACUUCACCCACCACUCCCUCCCGCCGCCACCCCAGGCCGCCGUCUCCUGAUUUCACAGCCAUCCGCUACAAAGAGCGAGAACCCCACCAGGUGAAGGCGCUGGAGGCCAGCUUUGCGCAGGAACCUGAGCCGUCGGGGGAAGAAGUGGACAGAUUGCGAUCAGAGACCAAGAUGACAAGAAGGGAGAUCCACGGGUGGUUCGCUGACAGAAGGAAGAGAGUGGCAGCUGAGAGAAAGAGGGAGGAGGCCGAGCGGGCACUGAGGGAGGACGACGACGACUUCGGCGUCGACGGGGACGAGCACCAGAGGCAGGAGGGCGCGGGAGAGCUGAAAGUGAACCCUAUUAAAAUAAACCUGAAGAUGCUGAAGGUGACGGAGGCCAACGGCAAAGGGGAAGGCGAGGAGCUGGAGAGCCCGACUUUACCGCUUCACCUGAGCAGCACGCCCGCGUCCUCCCCGAGCCCCACGUUGUCCUCCACCCCCAAAGCUCCCCACACGUCCACCCCCACGCCCAAGACCUCCCACUCCCCUAAACCCGCAGCCGUCCGCGGUAAAAAGACCAUAGAGCAGCUCCACCUGCUCAAACAGGUUUACGCCAGAACCCAGUGGCCCAGCGCCGCCCAGUACGAUGAGCUCAUCUCGGCCACCGGGCUGCCCAGGCCCGAAGUGGUGCGAUGGUUCGGGGACAGCCGCUACGUGCAGAAGAACGGCCAGCUGAAGUGGCUGGAGGCGUACCAGAACAUGGCGGUGGAGGAGGAUCUGCAGAAGGGAAACGCACAGAUCCUGCAGGACCACCUGGACGCCCACGGGCGGCUGCAGGAGACUCAGUUACAGGAACUGUCUCAGACCAGUGGUUUGACGGUGGACCUGGUGCAACACUGGUUCUCCAGCAAGGCGUCCGUACCAGGCCUCGAACAAACGGCUGCUGCCCGUGCAACAGGACUGAGGCAAGUUGCACCAGUAUUUACUGAGCCACGAACAACAGGAUCCUCCCCUCAGGGGCCGCAGGCGGGAGGAGGGACGGAGGUGAAAAUGGAGCAGUCCGUGUGUGGUGCGACAGAGGAGGCCAAGAGAGAGAAGGCUGUGAAUCCCACUGAAGGAACUGACUGAACAGGCCUUUUGUCUGAGGAUGGAGUUGACACACAGGUGGUCUUUGUGUUGGGAGUCUGAGUAAAAGACGACAGAUGCUGUUGAAACAGGAUCACUGGAUGGAACCGGACCUUGAAGCCAUCCCUCUCUCUCCUUUCUCGCCCGAGCCUUAGAGGUAGGCAUGGCCUCCCCCGCUACGUGAGAUGGACACUAAAGCCACUAACCCCCACCAAGCACCCGCCCCUCUCCUUGCCCUCUUUCCCCCAUUUUGCCUGCCCCUCGGUACACACGUGCCCAGACACCCUCCCAGCCGCCAUUUUCUCUUCAGUAGGAAGUCCCAGUGGAAACCGCAGGACUGGUAGUGCUGGUGGAGGUGGUGGUGGGGGGAGGGAAGGAGGGAGGGGCGGCUCCGACGGCAUUUUUCUGCUGCGUUUGUUCCGCCUGCCUGCUGGGAUGGGAAACGGGAUGAAAAGAGGAGGAGGAGGGAUGAUGUGGAGGAGCAAGAGGAAAGAAAAAAGGGAGAAGGGUCAUCGAGACUGACACCUCAGCAGAAGCCGAUUGGGGGGAGGGGGAGGAGCAGGGGCAAGUAUUGACCACGUCAACGCGCGGACGAAGGCCUAUGGCGUCUUGACGGUUGUUCUGCGGUACGAGAAGCUGCACAGCUCUUUCCUACAGGGUGCUUGCCUAGGCCUUAAAGUGAGAUCAAACGAUGAACUCUGUACUGUGUUGUAUUCAUAGUCCUGUUUCCACGCUCAUGCACUCACUUCAUGCUUAGAGCUUAUUUUGAAUGUGCUGGCUAGGUUGCUCACAGCCUCCUGUGACACGCAGCACUGAUGCUCAUUUUGAUGUCUCCAGAGAUUUUGCAGAUCUUUUUGUACCAACCUGUCAUUUACCUGUACACACUUUAAGUAGGACAAUAAAUGAAGUUGUUCAGUACGGGGGGUUCAGCCCCCCAUUGUGUCUGGAAGGAAAGUGACAGUAUGUCACUGUACAGGUACUGUAUGAAAUCUGGCUUGUGUUGUAGCAUCAAGUGCUUCUUUAUCACUGACGUGUCCGUUAAAUUGUUUUAUGGAACUUUCUUAACAUUUGACUGUAACAGAACCGAACUUUUGCCAGAGUUCCAUACUUAGACUUGGUGUAUCAUUUUUACAGAAGGAAUUUGUAGAAUAAAAGUGAGUAAGUCUGA